AUGAGCAUUGGUCUCCUUUUCAGAGUCCUCAUAGCUUGCAUCAUCACAAUUCAAGCCCAAAAGUCCAGCCUUCCAAAUUCCGAUGACAACAUAAUUCCAUCCAAAUUUCAUGCCGGCGUGACGGACUGGUCCAUUUUAUCGCCGGAUACACACGAUCCACGACGACUUGAAAACAAAGGUGGAUCGAAGAGUGAGAUAAUUGACGACGAUGUCACCCCUGAGCUACAAGUAUCCGUGUAUGGAAGCAAACACACAGCAGAGUCAACGGUAUUAACAAAAGAUAAGGUAAACUCAACCGAAAACAAUAUCAAGCGUACUAUCGCGUCUAACUCCUCUCGCGAAACACAAUUCUCAGAUCAAUUAUUUAUUUUAUCAGGCCAAACUGUUGCUUCGCUUACCAUUCAAUCUGGCAAGCAUAUCAAUGCUGUCAGUCUGCUCAUAUCAUUGCCCGUGAAAAAGGUUUUUAAUCACGGUGGAAAUGAAGGCGUGUCAAAAACUUUAACGCUAGGAAUCGGGGAGCAUAUUACGUCAACGGAAGCACAUUGGGGAAAGCUAGAAGGCCGAACUCAUCUCUUUUACGUCAGAUUUAACACAAGUAUGGGAAACUCAAUAGCAGGAGGAACAAAGACAAAAACUCAACGUAUUGUUAAAGCUCCAAAGGGCUAUCAAUUAGGAGGAUUCUUUGGCCAUGCAGGAAACGAAAUCAUUCACCUCGGUGUGAUCUGGACGAGUAUUUUAUUCAUUGCACCAAAUCCGACGACAUUGGCUUCAUCGCCAACACCUUGGAUACAAAAGACUAUGAGACACGAUAAAGUGGUGCCAUUCAAGCAGCCAAAGCCUGUCACGGUCGCUGAACACGCAGCUGUGAAGUUUAAGCCCCAGAUUAACAUUGUUAAUGGUUGUCAUCCAUACCCAGCAGUCAAUGCCACUGGAGAGAUUAGUGGCGGACUCAAGGCGUCAGGGAGCUCUGAUGCAGGAUGCAAGGGAUCUGAAUAUGGCUCUCAGGUCUAUGGACGUUCAACGUGGCACAGAGGACUAUGGGCUAUCAUGUAUUCGUGGUAUUUUCCCAAAGAUACUGCUUUUCCCUUACUAGGCCAUCGUCACGACUGGGAGCAUAUAAUUGUCUGGAUUGACAAUCCCUCUCUUUACAAGCCACGAAUUCUUGCCGUCGCAUCCUCUGCACACAGUUGGUACACUGUUCAAUCUCCACCUCACACCGAUCGUGUCAAUGGUACAAGUGUUAAGGUCAAAUACGCCGGAAUUUGGCCACUGAAUCAUGCUCUCACUAGCACGACCAAGUCUGGAGAGUAUCAAGAUCUUAUUAUGUGGGAGCAACUUACUGAAGCUGCCCGACAAUCACUGCAACAGGCAAAUUUUGGGAUGGCAAAUGUACCUAUGAGGGAUGGAAACUUUCUGGAUAAGCUUGAUACGGCGUGGUCAUUUGCGCGUCUAAGAAUUCAGACAUAA